UAUUUAGUCUUGCAAUUGCUUUCAAACAGUUUUAUGUUUGAGUUUGAAAGAAGUGAGCUAAAAAUCAAAAUCAUGAUUUUUAGUUCUAGCUUUAUGAUGUAAUUCUGUGACAUUAAAAUUUUUAUAUUGUUAAAUUCUUCAUUAUGCAAGUUGCUGGACAUAAUACUCGCCAAUCUCGUAAAGGAGAUGUUGUAUUUACUGAUGCAGGAAAAACACCUGGACUUACUAUUUGGAGAGUUGAGGAUUUUGGCUUAAAAAAAGUUGAGAUAACUGAAGUACCCGUUUUCUACAAUGGUGACUCAUAUGUUGUUUUAAAGUGUGAAGGAAAAUCACCUCCAUACAGCUGCCAUAUUCAUUUUUGGCUCGGAAAGAAAACUUCACAAGAUGAAGCUGGUACAGCAGCACUAAAAUCAGUUGAGCUAGAUGAUUUGCUCGGAGGGAGUCCAACUCAAUAUAGAGAGAUUCAACAACAUGAAAGUAGAAAGUUUCUUUCUUAUUUUCCAUUAGGCAUUAAGUAUGAAGAAGGAGGAGUUCGAUCUGGUUUCAAACACGUUGAGACCAAAAAAAUCAAAAGGCUAAUGCAAAUAAAGGGCCGUAAAAGACCACGGGUUUUUGAGGUUCCUUGCCAUUGUGAUUCUUUAAAUCAUGGAGAUGUUUUUAUUUUGGACAAUGGUGGUUGUAUCUGGGUUUGGUGCGGUAAAGAAAGUUCAGAAGCUGAAAAGAGAAAGGGAAUGGAGGUUGCUCAAGCCUUAAGAGAUGAAGGUAGAGCAGGGACUGGUAUUUCAACAAAUGAUACACGAAUUAUAGUUGUUGAUGAUGACCCUUCUAUGCACCCUGCAAAAGCAAGUAAAAAUGACCCUUUGGCACUUUUUUUUGAGCACUUGGGUUCAUUUGGGCAUAUUAAACCAUCAGGUGGUAAAAGUUCAGAUGAAUUAGUUGAAAGAGAGAAGAUGAAGUUUAUCACUUUGCAUAGAGUAAAAAUUACUGAUUCAGCUGGUAAUGGUAUGCAUGGGCAAUUGCGCGUGAUUGAAGAAGCUACUGGAGAUUUGAAAUACAGCAUGCUUGAUAAUGAUGAUACCUUUGUUUUGGAUAAUGGAGGAAUAAGCUUGUGGGUCUGGGUGGGAAAAAAUUCAAGUAAUGAAGAAAAGCUUCAAGGUAUGAAGGUAGCUGUGAACUUUUUACGAAGCAAAGGAUAUCCUGAUUACACACAAGUGGUUAUGGUUAAACAAGGUUCAGAAACACCAGCUUUUAAGCAGUGCUUCAUUGAUUGGCCAAUCAAACCUUUAGAUCCGCAGCAAGUGACAUUUGUCUCUGGCAGAGGAAUAGCCAAAAGUAUUCCUCAAAUGGCUAUUGAUACAUCAAAGUUGCAUUUGCAGCAAAAGCGUCAAGAGGAAAAAAUGAUAGAUGAUGGUAGAGGUAAAGUUGACGUAUGGAGAGUAGAAAAUUUUAAAUUAAUACCUGUACCCAAAGAAGCUACUGGUGUAUUUUUUGGUGGUGAUUGCUAUGUCAUCUUGUACACAUAUGUAGUUGAUCGAAAAGAAUGUUACUUGAUCUACUACUGGCUGGGAUUAAAAAGUACACCUGAUGAAAAAGGUACAGCAGCAGCUAUGACUGUUAAAAUGGAUGAGAGCCUUGGGGGUGCUGCAGUUCAGGUUCGUGUUGUUCAAGGGAAAGAACCACUACAUUUUUUGAAAAUAUUUAACAACAAAAUGAUUGUGUAUAGAGGUGGUAAAGCAAGUGGUUUUCGUGGGCAUCAACAAGAGUUACAAGAAAGCGGUUUUCCUAGACUCUUUCAAGUUCGAGGCCAGACAAUCAAAAAAGCAUUAGAGGUUGAACCUUGUGCAGCAUCAUUAAAUUCAAAUGAUGUUUUUGUCUUGGUGUCCCAAAAAAAUGGUUAUCUUUGGUAUGGUAAGGGCUGCAUAGGAGAUGAGAGAGAGUUGGCAAAAGAACUUGCUUUUCGUGUGGCGCCACGUUACUCUAAUGAUUUUGUUGUAAUCCCUGAAGGAAAAGAACCUAAAGAAUUUUGGGAUUUACUUGGUGGCAUUGGAGAAUAUUCUAGUGGAAGUAUUUUCCAGGAAGCUAUCCCAGAAUAUCCUCCACGUUUAUUCUUGUGUUCAACUGCAAGUGGAAAGUUUGAGGUAGAGGAACUCUUUAAUUUUACACAAAGCGAUCUAGAUGUAAAUGACGUGAUGAUUCUUGAUACACAUGAUACAGUCUUUAUUUGGUUGGGUAAUCAGUGCACAGAAACAGAAAGAAAACUUGCAUCGAAAACUGCUAUGGACUACGUCAACACUGAUCCUUCUGGUCGUGAUCCUGAGAAGGUCCAAAAACUAGUAGUUAAACAGGGUUUUGAGCCGCUAAAUUUUACAGGUUGUUUUCCGGCUUGGGAUAGUACUGUUUUUUCACACGGAAAAAGCUACGAGAGGUUAAAACAGGAACUUAAUAACAAGUUUGCUGGGAUCAUAAUGGUUGACGAGUACAUCAAAGAGUUUUCACUUGAUCGAAAGCUUCCCCUGUCAGCUCUUCAAACUAACAACAUUCCAAAUGGUGUCGACCCAAGAAGAAAAGAAUACUAUUUAACACCCGAAGAGUUUCUUUCUACUUUUGGAAUGACACUAGCUCAAUACGAUCAACUGCCGCAAUGGAAAAAAGACGAAAAGAAGAAAAGUGUUAAACUGUUCUGAACUUGUUCAAUAUUUUUCUAUAAAAUGGGGAAAACAAUUUAUAACCAAGGCAAAACGCGCGCAAUAAAAAUUUUUAUUAGAGAAAAACGCUUUAUAUAGAAUGUUUUUAGUAUAUCCCAUCUUUAUUUCUCUCUUUUUUUUGUCAUUUAAAAAUAUUUGCAAUAAUAAAAAUAGCAAUAUUUAGUUUAUGUAAAUAUGUUAUAAUAUGUUUUUAUCAAUGUAUUUAUUACUGUGCAUUACAGUUGUACAAAGAAUAGGUAGUCAAAUUAAUAUUUA